GCCGCCGCCGUCGCCUAAAGGGACGUAAAAAGAGGCCGCGACCGGGGAAAAAAACCCGGAUUCGCCACCGGAGAGGAGUCGAUUCCCCAGCAGCUGCCGCCGGAGAGGCCCGCCCACCCGCUCGCUCGUUCCCCUGCCCCGUUCACAAUGCAGCCUGCUUCUGCAAAGUGGUACGAUCGAAGGGACUAUGUCUUUAUUGAAUUCUGUGUCGAAGACAGUAAAGAUGUUAAUGUAAAUUUUGAGAAAUCCAAACUUACAUUCAGUUGUCUUGGAGGAAGCGAUAAUUUUAAACAUCUAAAUGAAAUUGAUCUUUUUCACUGUAUUGAUCCAAAUGAUUCCAAGCAUAAAAGAACAGACAGAUCUAUCUUAUGUUGUUUACGAAAAGGAGAAUCUGGCCAGUCAUGGCCAAGGUUAACAAAAGAAAGAGCAAAGCUUAAUUGGCUUAGUGUGGACUUCAAUAAUUGGAAAGACUGGGAAGAUGAUUCCGAUGAAGACAUGUCUAAUUUUGACCGUUUCUCUGAGAUGAUGAACAACAUGGGUGGUGAUGAGGAUGUAGAUUUACCAGAAGUAGAUGGAGCAGAUGAUGACUCACAAGACAGUGAUGAUGAAAAAAUGCCAGAUCUGGAGUAAGAAAUAAUUGUCACCAGGAUUUUGAGAAAGAAAAAUAACUUCUCUGCAAGAUUUCAUAAUUGAAGAAUUCCUGAAUUGAUAGCUAUAAAGGCAGAUGCUGUAUUUGCCUUCUUUAACCCAUUUUUCAAACUGUUUGUUUUUUAAAAGGCUUCACUAAGGGUUGAUAUGUACCAUUGUAUGGGGGCAAUUUUAAGUCCGCUAAGGCAAUAACCUUAUGCAUGAACAUUUCCCAGACUUCCAUGAAGCUGUUGAGAUCUUAGGCAAUUGAUUCAGCAGUUGUAAUAAAUAAAACAUUUCACCUAAGUCUCCUUUACUUCAUAACAUAGAUACUGACAUGAUAGGAAGCUCUCAGCUUAGGGGAAGAUAACUAAAUUUUAGAUUUUAGAACUUGGUUCAAAGUUGCAGAAAUAAACUGGCUGACACUGUAAACUGGUAACCUGCUGUUCCUCUGGUAUAUAUUCAGAAUUGUUCCACUGAAGUUUUUAUUUUUCAAGAAAUUUUACUUCAUAUUAUUGUACGUAAGUGAUCACUUGUCAGUGUUCCAAAUGUAUCUUAGCUAAAACUAGUGACUGCCUUAGAUGGUUUUUGAAGCCUGUACAUUUGGUAUUGUUUGACCCUGAAGCUUUUACAUCUCGUAGCAUGGAGGACGAAGAAAGGCUGUACAUUGUUGCUUGAGAGUCUGUACAUUUAGACCAAAUUUGUAUUUUCACUGUCAGUAUGGCAAAUAAGUGAAACAAUGUUAGUACACUAUUGGAUUUUGUUUUUUGUUUUUAUUUUUCUUUUUUGCUUCAGCUUAUACCAAGGCUGAAAAACCUCAAUUUGUGUUCAUGACAGUGGGGAUUUUUUUUUAAUAUCUACAUUCUUUCUAAUAAACUGUUGGAAGAC